AUGCUCUUGCUGUUGAAUGCCAGGGGGAGACUUGCACUUCCUGCCUUUGCUGCAGUUGAUUGUGAAGGGCUAUGGUUUGGCAAAUUGACGAGGGGCCUCAAGCAUGAAUUUCUCCAUCAUCAUACCGUGAUCUUGCAUGGUGCUACAAACGCCGAGGAAUAUGGAAAGCUUAUUCGUUGGGACUCUCACCCAGACGCUUUUGAGUGGGUGAAAACACGAAGGCAAUAUCUCCCCGGAGAUGCCCUCUUGGUCCUUGAAGUUCAGGAACGUCUCAUGAAAUUCCUUGUUGAUUGCUGCCACCAAAGUCUUCACGAAAUCCCCUCCGAUGCUAUGAUUAGCGACGAAUAUCCCGUCCAGCCCGAAACAAUACUGAAGAUGGAUAGCGACCCGUCUGGAUUUGUUUCCUUGACGGUGAUGACUGCCCAGGCUCCUUGCAAGCGACCAGCAGGCCUCGAUCUUGCGCGCAUAGCUACAUUCAUCGAGCCUAGGAAUUCGGCAGCAGAGGAUCACAUUUAG